AUGGCCUCAUCGCCCGAUACCCUGCAGUGGUCGGCUCAGCUAGAGGUUGCGCCCUCGAACCGGAGGCUGGUCGGAGACAAGAUCACAUUGCCUCAGUCCGCUCUUGAAGCCCUGCUCGCAGCGGCGCCUGUCGUCUCGGUACAGAGUUCCUCCAGAAAUCUGACCUCGACUUUCGACCCUUUCAAUCCCUAUACCUUCGCCGCCGAGCGCCAUGCGCGCGCCGCCGUCGAAGAUCGUCAACAGCAGUUACCUCAUCCUCUGACUUUCCGCCUGGUAAAUCCACUCAAUGGACGAGCCGUGUACGCUGGGAUCAGAGAGUUCUCGGCCAGCGAAGGCACUGUUGGAUUAAGCAGUGGCCUGCGAGAAGCCCUUGGCCUAUCCAAUGAUUCCUCUUCUCAAACCUCGCGAGAAAGCACCCCGGGAGGAGAUAUUGCCAUGUCAAAUGGCCUGCACCCUGCCAAAGCAAAAGGAGAGAUUGUCACAAUACAUGCGAAGCAGUUACAAAAGGGAACAUAUGUCAAACUAAGGCCUCUCGAGGCUGGCUACGACCCUGAAGAUUGGAAAUCUCUCUUGGAACGGUAUCUACGAGACAAUUACACCACCCUCACCAGCGGGGAACUUCUUGUUGUUCCAGGUGCACGUCACGAGAGAUUUCGGUUCUUGGUUGACAAGUUUGAACCUGAAGGAGAUGGUAUCUGUAUAGUGGACACAGACCUUGAGGUGGACAUCGAACCGUUGAACGAAGACCAGGCCAAGGAGACGCUUAGCAAGCAACUCGCAAGGAAGAGGCGUCAACAGGAUUUGCCAGAGGGUUCUUCUUCCGGAGGCAGCCUGUUUCUGGACACAGAUGUCCACGGCAGAGUGCUGGCUGGGGAGUACGUGGACUAUGAGCUGAAGACGUGGGACAGGAGUCAGGAUUUGGAGCUCGUUUUGCAGGCAUCCGAUGAAAACAGCAGCUUGGAUCUUUUGGUCAGCCCAUUUUCUGCACGACAGAGAUCAAAACCACGACAAGAUGAGUUCGUUUUCGGUGAGCUCAAUGCGAGACCAACAAAGCGAAUCAAACUUUCCCACACCAAUGUUGAUCUUGAAAUGGCUGAAGCUCUCAACGUUGCCGUCUACGCCUGGCACGAUCCCGUCUCGGGCACAGUAGACGAAAUUAAGCCGAUCCCCUACACUCUUAAAAUUGCACCCGCCACAUUGGAGGACGAUCGAAGCGACAGUGCCGCUCAAGAGCUUGCAGCCGAUGAGGUAAUAUGCAAGAAUUGUCGUCAGGUCGUACCCAAACGAACGCUUCCUCUCCACGAGGCAUUCUGUUAUCGAAACAACAUCCUAUGCCCUAAAUGCGCGGAGGUAUUUCUCAAGAACUCGGACAGCUGGAAAAAUCAUUGGCACUGUCCUCAUGACGAUGACCACGGAAACGAUCCCGCUUCUCAUCGUAAGCACGACUCAAUUUUCCAUCCCAAGACGCCUCUACAAUGUGCCAGCUGUGACUUCGAAGCAUUCGACCUACCUAUCUUGGCCCAUCACCGCACAACAACAUGUCCUGGAAAGGAGAUCUUGUGCCAAUUCUGUCAUUUGGUAGUGCCCCAGCAAGGUCCUGAUGAUCCGGCCUUUACUGAUCCAGAAGUCCUGUUGUCUGGGCUAACGCCACAUGAGCUUGCUGAUGGAGCGCGGACAACGGAAUGUCACCUAUGUAAUAAGAUCGUUCGAUUGCGGGAUAUGAAAACACAUCUUCGGCUCCACGACCGAGAGCGGUUUUCGCGACCUCGACCUCGGCUUUGUUCCAACCAGAUAUGUGGUCGGACCAUCAAACACGAAGACGAAGCAAGGACCCAGAAAGAACAACUCGGUCUCUGCAACGAAUGUUUUGGCCCCCUGUACGUGACGGCAUAUGAUCCCGAAGGCAAAAUGCUGAGACGGAGGAUCGAACGUCGAUUAUUGCAACAGCUUAUAGGAGGCUGUGGCAAGUCUUGGUGUCGCAAUGGCCAGUGGUGUAAGACCGGUUACAAGAAUGUUACAGGCGAAGACCGAGUGGUUUCGGCAAAGGAUGGACUAGUUAUGCUUAAACCGAUAGUGGACCAACUCGCCCGGGGUAUUACUUCAGGGCUGGUGUUUUGCGUCGACGAGGCUAGUCAGACUCGGCGGAGUUUGGCAACGAUGAUGGCUGGCGAAGGGGAAUACGAGCUUGAAUGGUGUGUCAAGGCUCUGGAGGAGGAGCGCAAUGAUGUGGGAAAGGCUCGAGAUUGGCUGAGAGACCGUGCUCCGAAAAUAGAUGAAGUUGUGUCCUCUUCAUGA